CCGUGCUAGACAGGUUAGUGCAUCUCUUCGAUACUACAGAGAACUCGGAGGUGAACGGAACCGUUGUGCGGCUGAAGUGCUCGCUGUGUCAGCCGUGAGAGGCUCCGUUCAGCUCCGAGCCCAGCCCCGUGCGCCUCCCAGCACCAUGAUGGUUUCCUUCAUUCUCUGCCUUUUCCCUGCUCUCCUAGCUACAACGAGUGCACAAGGUCAGCCCCUGACGUGCAACAAGUGCUCCGGCACAGCGAAUUCCUGCAAGGAUACUAAAGAGACAUGCACAGUAAACACGGCUACUCGUGGCUGCAAUUCGGCAGCAGAAGAAAAUACACUGGAUGGGACAAAGAUCACUCUCUUCUCCAAAGGCUGUCUAAGUGACUAUAAUAGUGGCAUAAAAAGCCCCAUCACUUUCACUGUUGGGAAGGACAAGUAUGUGAGGAUCAACACUGAAGGAUGCAACAACGCAGAUAAAUGUAAUGUGAAUGUGCUGGAAGUGCCCACGGUGGACUCUACCGUAAAAGAGGUGCAGUGCCCAACCUGCUUUGCUCUGAACGGCGAACCCUGCAACACCCAAACCAUCCCUUGUACAGGGAAUGAGGACCAUUGCGUCGAUUUCGUUGGGAUCCUAACGAAAGAGUCAGCUGAUGCACCAGUUUCAAUAUUUGCUGCAAAAGGCUGCGGUUCUGCGUCUACAACAAACAUAAAACCUGGAACCUCCCUGGUUUCUGCAGUCUACACAUACAAGUUCACAAAGGCAACCUCCAAUCCUGCAGAGAAAAUAACCCCCACCACCAAACCACCCACCACCACCAAACCAACCCCUGCCACCACCAGUGGGGCCAGCCCGGCUCUGGGGAAAUUCUCCUUUGCCCUCUACCUGCCUGGCCUGACUGGGCUGCUGCUGGUGAAACUGCUCUCCUGACCCCACCUGGCACGGCCCACGCAGCACCCGAUUCCUGCCCAUGGCAGCCCGAUCUAUGAAUCAUACAUUAAAUUCUAUUGAUUGCU